AUGGGCGUGAAGAUGAAUGCUGAUGGUGGUUGCGUCAUAAAAGGCAUCCACUUUGAGCACAACCACCAGCUGACCCUCAGCCCGUCAAUGCUAGUUUUCCUCCAUUCACACAAAAGAGUCAACCCAACCUUGCAGGACUACAUAAAAGACCUCCAAUUGAGCAACGUCAAACAUGUUAACAUCAUGAGUUUGCUUACCAGGCUGAGUGGUGGCCGUGACAAGCUGGGUUGUCAUAAUAGAGAUGUGUUGAACAUGAAAGCGAAGAAUGCACGCAAAGAGUCUGCAGAUGAUGUGCAAAAACUCUUCAAAUUCUUUGAUGACAUGACAGAAGAAAAUGAAAACUUCUACUACGAUGUGCAUGUCGACGAAGAUAACAGACUAAAUAACAUUUUCUAG